CUUUUAGCAUAAGUAAACGUUAUACGUAAGCAAUGACUUGGUGACAGAGGGUAGGUAAAAGAAAACACGUUGUUUCACAUCUCUAUCUAUAUAAACCUCAAAUCCAACAACUUUGAUCAUCAAUUUCAUUUCAUAACAUCUGUAAGCAAAUCAAUAGAUGAUGAUGGCGAUGAACGGAAUGAAGAUUCCAGACACGUUCUACAUAUCCCACGGAUCACCCACUUUAUCCAUCGAUGAAACUAUGCCGGCCCGUCAUUUCCUCCAAUCGUUUCAGCAAAAGGUCUAUCCGCCCACUGCUCCUCGUCCGUCCUCCAUCCUUGUCAUCUCUGGUCACUGGGAGACUGAGUAUCCCACCGUCAACGCUGUCGAUGGAGUUUCUGAAACUAUCUAUGAUUUCUAUGGCUUCCCCAAAUCCAUGUACCAGCUCAAGUAUCCAGCACCAGGUGCUCCAAAACUAGCAAACAGAGUCAAGGAACUGCUCAAGUCUUCCGGGUUCAAGCGUGUCGACGAGGACAAGAAACGAGGGCUCGACCAUGGCGCAUGGGUCCCACUAAUGCUUAUGUAUCCAGAGGCCGACAUUCCAGUCUGCCAGCUAUCUGUCCAAACAAACAAAGACGCCACUUACCAUUACAACAUGGGUAAAGCAUUGGCACCCCUUAAAGAGGAAGGUGUGCUCAUUGUCGGUUCGGGUGCCACCACUCACAACUUGAGAAUGUUGCGCAACACCCCAUCGGUACAACCGUGGGCUCAAGAGUUUGACACAUGGCUCAAAGAAGCACUAAUUGAUGGAAGGUAUGAAGAUGUAAACAAUUACAAGGAGAAGGCUCCACAUGCAACCGUUGCACACCCGUGGCCCGACCAUUUCUAUCCGCUGCAUGUUGCGAUGGGUGCCGGUGGUGCGAAUUCCAAAGCCGAACUUAUCCACCAUAGCUGGGGUUUGUCUUCUCUCUCAUAUGCUUCAUACAAAUUCACAGUCCCAGCUUAACAGUGGAGUCUUAAUAUAGAGUUUGUAACUCAUGUGAAUAUGAUAUUGUACUACAUUUCAUUUUGUAUUAUCUGUGGAACAUUGUUUGAGUGGAUUAUUGCCAUAAAUUUGGAGUGGAGUAAUUUGAACUUUAACAUA